AGCCAGGGCGCGAGGGCCGCCGUGAGGAGCUCCGCGCUCGCGCCGCCACCCCCUGCUCCCUCGCGCGCCGGGCGCUUCGGCUCCGCUUCCCGCAGGAACCCACUGUAAGAGCUAGUAAAUCCUGUGGAAAAUGGCCUUCAGUGAUCUUACAUCGAGGACUGUGCGUCUUUAUGAUAAUUGGAUCAAGGAUGCUGAUCCAAGAGUUGAAGACUGGUUCUUAAUGUCAUCACCUCUGCCACAAACCAUCAUCUUGGGACUCUAUGUCUAUUUUGUCACUUCUCUGGGACCAAAGCUCAUGGAAAAUCGAAAGCCCUUUGAACUCAAGAAAGCGAUGAUAACGUACAAUUUUUUCAUAGUACUCUUUUCUGUGUAUAUGUGUUAUGAGUUUGUGAUGUCUGGCUGGGGUACAGGUUAUUCAUUUCGAUGUGAAAUUGUUGACUAUUCACGGUCGCCUACAGCAUUGAGGAUGGCACGCACCUGCUGGCUUUAUUACUUCUCCAAAUUUAUCGAGCUGUUAGAUACUAUCUUUUUUGUUCUGCGUAAGAAAAAUAGCCAAGUGACUUUUCUGCAUGUCUUCCAUCAUACCAUCAUGCCAUGGACCUGGUGGUUUGGAGUCAAAUUUGCUGCAGGUGGUUUGGGAACAUUCCAUGCCUUUCUAAACACAGCUGUCCAUGUAGUCAUGUAUUCCUACUACGGACUAUGUGCACUGGGACCAGCCUACCAGAAGUAUUUGUGGUGGAAAAAAUAUCUGACAUCAUUACAGCUUGUCCAGUUCAUUAUUGUCACCAUCCACAUAGGCCAAUUCUUUUUCAUGGAGGAUUGCAAGUACCAGUUUCCAGUCUUUCUGUACAUCAUUAUGAGUUAUGGGUGCAUCUUUCUGCUGCUCUUUCUCCAUUUUUGGUACCGUGCUUACACCAAAGGUCAGAGGCCGCCCAAAACUGUGAAAAAUGGAAUCUGCAAAAACAAAGAUCACUGAAAUUCAAGUACAACAUGAAUCUAUGAAUGAGACUGAUAUCUUGUCUUCCUUGACAAUCAAGAGAUAUUUCCAUGUGCAGUGCAUUUUGUAUAUUUUUCAAAAGCAAGAGCUUGUAUUUUUAUGAUAAGUUAUUGGGGUUUCUGAUAUUUGAGAGCCUAUACUCCCAGAUAACAGAGUCUUCUGAUAAUUAGAGCCUAGGGCAGCCCGUUUUUCAGCUGCUUUUAAACCUCAUCUAAAGGUUUUAUUUAAUAUAUUUUGUUACACUAAAAGGAUCAUGUGAAAUAGUACAGUACUUUUCAAAGAAGUUCAGUAUAAAUGAGAAAUAUCACUAGGUAUUUUGAGUACAGACAGAGAUCUAUGCUGUACAGUGGAUUCCUCCUGCCAGGUCUGAAAACCUCUAAUGUGGGCUUUGGCGUUGUAGCUUGUUGACUAUACUCAGAAGACACUAUGUUUAUUCUAGAGUUAAAUUCCUAUUCUAAAGAAUUAACAAAAUGAGCAUUAAGUGAAUGUUGGGUAAGUUGUCAUUUAAAAUCACUAACAAUAGUUUUUAAUGGAUCUCUUGAGUAGCUGCCACCAGUUUUGCUGAUAAGACUUUCUCACAACCUUUUGUCAUAUGAAGUGUUUAGAAGUAACACUCCUUUCAAGGAACACGUUGAUGCACUUAAUACUAAGGUUAAGCUAAUAUUUUGAAAACAGGUGAUUUUUUUCUGAUGGCUUAAUGAGCACUCUGCUAUUACUGUCUUUCAAUUAUCUUUGUAUGUUUCUGGAAAGAGGUGAAUUUGUCAAUGGAAAAAGUACUGUAUAGCCCUAGCCGGUUUGGCUCAGUGGAUAGAGCAUCAGCCUGCGGACCAAAGGGUCCCAGGUUUGAUUCCGGUCAAGGGCAUGUACCUUGGUUGCAGGCUCCUCCCUGGCCUGGGCCCUGGUCAGGGCUCCUGCAGGAGGCAACCAGUCCAUGUGUUUCUCUCAUAUCAAUGUUUCCCUCUGUCUUUCCCUCUCUCUUCCAUUCUCUAAAAAUCAAUGGAAAAAUAUUCUCGGCUGAGGAUUAACAAAAACAAAAAACAAACAAAAAUAAAUAAAUAAAGGUGAAUAAAUGUUUAAAAAAAAAAAGAAAAGAAAAAGUACUGUAUAGUUCACUGAGAAAAAUCUGUUGUCUGUUGUAUCAUAAUGUCACUUUCUUAUAUGGUCAUCAUUUAAAAGAUUAUCUUGGUUAAAUAUAUAUUGAUUAGAUGUGUAAAUGUUCAUGUCAUUAAUAUAUUGCAGGUAUCCUUAAAUCAUAAAUGAUUUUAGACUACCCAUCACAGUUUCCAGAGAUGUGUUAGAAUGGCUUAUGAAGCAAUUGGAGGCAAAUGGUGAUACAGAGAUUAUUCAGGGAAGAUUUAGUUAUAUGAGUGUUUCAAUAGAGAGAGAGAGAGAGAGAGACUACAUAGUAAGUAUUGUAAUGGAUAUACUGCAUAAAAAAAUAUUUUUUAGAUUUAUUAAUUAACAGCCUGCAUUUUUUCAAACUUAUAAAUUAUAUAAUGAAGGACUAAAAUUCAUUUUGCAAUGUUUCAUUUCUUUAAAAUUGCUACUUUCUAAAAUUCUCUUAUUCUUGAAUAGUAGAUUUUUGUCCAAGAAACACAAAUAUUUGGACAUUUAAAAUUUUUCCUUAUAGCUUGUUUGUUCCCAUUAUAUUUAUACUCAAUUUUUGAUGGGCAGCUUAUGCUUGUAUUACUUUAAACCAGCGGUUGCUAACUGGUGGUCCGCGGACCACUGGUGGUCCAUGAGGUCUGAAAGGUUGGUGACCGCUGGUUUAAGGAAACCAUUGGAGCAGCGGUCGCCAACUACUGGUGGUCCGUGAGGUCCAAAAGGUUGGCGACCGCUGCAAACAAGUAGUACUUUCGGGCCUCAGUUAUUGUGUAACACACAGUGAUACUUACUGUACAGCAAUGUCUGAGUGUUUACUCACUGUAAGCUCCUCUAGUUCUGUGUCUUCCCCCAGUCUGUUAAUCUAUACCAUGGCCUUUUCACACUUACCCGGUUCAUAAGGUUAUGUGCCUUUAGUGACCUUUAAUGACUUAGCUUGCUUACAAUAUGAGAAGAUGAGGGUUGAAAAUGGGGGGAAAUUAAUAUUUUUAAAAAUAAAGAAUAAAGAACAGGAGAGCAGAGCUAAAAGAAAUCAGAUUUAAUUUACUUCUCUGAGAGUCUCAGGAUUCCUUAAGUGUUUUCUUGUUUUGACUCUUCAAAUCCAACUUGUGCUAAAUAAAAAGGUGUGGUUGGUGCUGUCAUAUACUAGUACUCACACAAUUGCCAAAGAUCCCAGUAGGGUAAAGACCAAAUGCAAGCAAAAAUAAAAGAAGAUAAAACAGGAGAGUUUGGUUUCUUUCCCUGCAUCCUUUCUGACCUGCAUUGUAUGACCGCUCUUAAUUGCCCUGUAGUUUUUGAAAUGUUUGAGGUGCCUACCAGCUCACAGCAACAUGUGAUAGAAACACAUUCUAAAUGAUACAAAUCAAAGAAAUUAUGUUACAUGAAAAAUCACAGCCGGCAGAAACAUCCUCUGUGUAAACAUUGGCAGAUAAAAAUACAUCCACCGGAUGCAAAAUUUUCACAGUCAGUGUUUUUUAUUAAAGGGCUUUGUGGGUUACAGAGAGUUUCUAUUGGGGUUUCAUUCCACUUUUCAGGAUUUUAUUGCCUUUGGAUUUGCUUACCUAACAAAUAAAGAGCCCAGUUACAAAAUCUGGUUUAUGACAUAAGAAGCUCUAUGAAUCCCUGAGAAUAUUGUAAACAAAUAUAAAUUAAAAAUAUUAUAUAUAUAAGAGACAUUGCAAUUUUCCAGUCUUAAUUAGAAUUCUUAAUUGAGUAAACUACAUUGUUACCUAAAUUAUAAGGUUAUGAGUUAUAUUUCUUCAUAUUAACCCUUAUUUUUUCAUGUUUUUAAAGACUGUGGAAAACUCUGGCUAUUGUCAAAGUUUUGAUUGUGUGUGUGUGUGUGUAUUAUAAUAAAUUUGUGAUGUUACAUGUAUGUGUAUGUGUGUGCAUUAUAAUAUAUUUGUUGUAUUGUGUGUGUGUGUGUGUGUGUGUGUGUG